GGCCAAACAAGACGUUAAGCACUGCAAGAGACUUAGACUCUGAGCACCCGAUCAGGCCAUGCCUUCUCUGCGGAAGCGCGGCGCCAGCCUGGCGCCUCUGUUGCUGGGCGCAUACCUGGCGAGGGGCUUCGUGGGCCUGGCCAUCAGCGGCCGGGCGCCGCAGGUGAGCCGGGCCUUCUUCGGCCUCUUCGGCUCUCCCGAGGGCUCGCCCAACCCCAUCCCCAAUGCGCCGCCGGAGAACGGUGUCCACUACCUGACCAACGGCCGCAUGUAUCCUCCCUGGCCUCAAGGCAUGCAGGAGGCGAUGUUUGGCAUGGGCUGCUUCUGGUGCUCCGAGAACAUCUUCAUGCGAGUGCCGGGGGUGUACUCCACCCAGGUGGGCUACGCCGGGGGCAAAAUUGAGAACCCCAGCUACCAGGACGUGUGCACCGGCGCCACGGGGCACAACGAGGUGGUGCGCGUGGUCUACGACCCACAGAAGGUGUCCUACGUUGAGCUGCUGAAACUCUUCUGGGAGAAACACGAUCCCACCACGCUGAACCAGCAGGGAAACGACUUCGGCACCCAGUACCGUUCAGGUAUCUACUACUACACUGAGCAGCAGCGGCGCCUCGCGGAAGCCACCCAGGAGCGGUAUGCAGACGCCAUUGGGUCUGCGGCGUGGGGCAGGAGCAUCUCCACCGAGAUCGUGCCGGCGCCGCAAUUUUACUACGCCGAGAACUUUCACCAGCAGUACGACGCCAAGCCCAACGCCCGGGGCUACUGCGGCCUGCGGCCCCUGAAUGUCCAGCUGGACAUUUCCGGCCUGGAGGAGCGAGAGCCGGCCGACGCCUAAUCGGAGUUGACUGCGCGUGUCGCGACAAGCCAAUUGCACAGUGAGGGACCUGAGGGAUGCCACGUUCGGAAUGACACUGUGGAAGCGCCACCUCUGCAUUGUUGAUAUCUUCCUUGGGCACCUCUCAUUUCAACCCGGACUUCGAUCUUCGAUCUUCGAUCUUCCCGCGCGCUCUGCGCGGCUCAUUUUUCGGCGGGCAAAGCGCCGCGCUCGAGAAAAGUUCUUUCGGAG